AUGCCUAGGCCCCCGGACUGCCUGCUGGGGCUGCUCCGGGGCGCCCCGAGCCAGCGGGCCUGCACCCUGUUCCUCAUCAGCUUCAACCUCAUGUGCCUGGUGUCCCUCAUGAUCUACUGGCACGUGGCGGGCGAGCCGGGGGGCCCCGCGCGGCUCCCUAACCUGCCCGCCGACAUCCCCUGCCCCCGCCUGGAGCCCCCCACGCCGCCCCCCGGCGGCGCCCCGCCCCCCACCAACAUCUUCUUCCUGGAGACCUCGGACCGCACCAGCCCCAACUUCCUGUUCAUGUGCUCGGUGGAGUCGGCGGCGCGGGCGCACCCCGAGGCGCGGGUGGCCGUGCUGAUGAAGGGGCUGCUGGGCCGCGACGCCAACGCGUCCCUCCCGCCGAGCCUGGGCCUCUCGCUGCUGCGCUGCUUCCCCAACGUGCGGCUGCGGCCGCUGGACCUGGCCGCGCUGUUCCGGGCCACGCCGCUGGCCGCCUGGCACGCCGCCACGCGCGGCCGCUGGCAGCCCUACCCGCUGCCCGUGCUGUCGGACGCCGCGCGGCUGGCGCUGCUCUGGAAGUUCGGCGGCAUCUACCUGGACACGGACUUCAUCGUGCUGCGCAGCCUGCGCAACCUCAGCAACGCGCUGGGCACGCAGUCCCGCUACGUGCUCAACGGCGCCUUCCUGGCCUUCGAGCGCGGCCACGCCUUCCUGGCGCUGUGCAUGCGGGACUUCGUGGCGCGCUACAACGGCUGGGUGUGGGGCCACCAGGGCCCGCAGCUGCUCACGCGCGUCUUCAAGCGCUGGUGCGCCACCCGCAGCCUGGCCGAGCGCCGGGCCUGCCGCGGCGUGCGCGCCCUGCCCCGCGAGGCCUUCUACCCGGUGCCCUGGCAGGACUGGAAGAGGUACUUCGAGGACGUCAGCCCCGACGAGCUGCCCCGGCUGCUCAACGCCACCUACGCCGUGCACGUGUGGAACAAGAAGAGCCAGGGCACCCGGCUCGAGGCCACGUCCCGGGCGCUGCUGGCCCAGCUGCACGCCCGCUACUGCCCCACCACGCACCAGGCCAUGAAGAUGUACCUGUGA